AUGCGAAACUACAUGUUCCUAGCACUGGUACUUCGACGAAGCGCUGAUGACGACCUUAUCUUCUUAGAACUUGUGAGAUAUUCGGGUCCUGAAGUGUUGCUAAAAGCAGGUAGUGCUAUGUACGGCAUUAGCAGACUCCAAGAUCUCGGCUUGGCCCCGCUUGGUGCAUCUUCUUCCGCCAUUCUUAACAUAAAACUAUCGGUCCCACCCGUGGGUCCUGACCAAGAAGAAAAGGCUUUUUGUCAUGCGUGUUACGGUAUCUGCGAAAAGACGUGUUUCGAGCAGAUACUUUUGUACGUCUUGGCAGAUGAUUUGGAGAAAGCCGAGCCAUUAUUCAAAUGUGUGCAGUUGGAGAACCUUGGGUUGCUUCUUGUUCUCAGGAAAAGGCUUUGCACGAUCCCUAAGUCCUAG